GAGGAUGAGAAUAGGAAGUCGACGGAUAUAUGAAAACAGGAGUUUUAUCGAUCGCUAACAUUAAAUAUUUAAUCACACCAAGAAAGUUCAAUACUCGGACCUGUGGUUGGACAUAGCAAGGGCUGUCUUUGAAAGUCAGGUUGGCGUCUACACUCAUAUAUACGUAUUUACCCCAACAGAGGAAUGGUAUAUCUGAGGCUGAACUGUCUGCUACGUUCCGGAUAUAUGUGCAAGACACGCAGCUCUGACACCAAUCCCCACGUGGAUGGAACUUGCACUGAAUUAUUUAGUUAUCGAAUCCCUCAGUCUUCCAGACUGACUUGAUGGUAAAAAACGAGAUAAACAAUUAGCCGUGAGAGAAGGAUUUUAAGAAUUAAUUGUCUAAUAUUGCGCCGUCAAUUGGUAUGAAAAAGUCCGAGUAGAACGAAUAUGUGGUGGAGAAGAAAAAAAAAAACGGUGCAUUCAUAGAGUCGAUAAACAGAAAAGAUAUGGUCUCUGCCUCUCUUACUCCAGCCUCACUAAAGUAAGUCUACUAUCUUUUUAUUCGGUGUUACAGUUUCGAAAGUCUUUUUAGAUAACCGACUUUAAUGGCUGGAGGCGAGCGACUUUACCCGCACACUGGACCAUCCCCCAUAGAUUCCUGCACUGUUUCUCUGUGUUGAGUUUCCCUUAGAUUCAAAUCACGUAGUUUAAAAACUUUCUACUGGUUAUCGAAUUGUCUCCAACUAUUUUUUUUCUCCUCCUUUAUCCACUAGUUCGUCCAUUCAUGAAGUUUAUUCCUAUUAAACGCUUGAGAAAACGAUACUAUUUUUAAUAAAACGACCCACUGCAGUAAUGAUUUUUCAGCACAUACUGCGGUCCCCAAGAAACCGAAAGUUGAUGACAAUCAACCAUAAAGUAGAACUAUGAUUCUCUAACAAGAGCAACUGCGUUGAAAUUCAUCCCAGCUGUUGAUCAAUAAAAAUCCAAUAAUUUUUAUAAAGGACAAUAUUUCUAUCCAUCACCAAUGACAGGAGCAGAGUCUGUGGUGUUGGCAGUACUUCAGGAAGUACAAGUUGGGACUUGCGCAUUAUUCAAAGUGGAAUGUUGGAAUUCUCUGUCUCUCUUGUAUUAAUGGAAAGAGAGGGAUGUAUGGGUAAUAGAGAGAGAGAAGAUCGUCGCAAACGCGCGCGCAGUUGCGUGGUUGAGAGAACGGAGUUCGUCAUUCGAAGCCCGCCAACAGAGGAGCGAGCAGACGUUCGAGGAGCGGACGUUCGGUAUUGUUAUAUAUCCGCGAAAAAAAAAAGGGAAAAAUCUUUGUACGAACGUAUAUCGCGGCAUACCACAUCAUUUCAUUAAUAUAUUAACUUAUAAUAACAAAAUUUACGAGUGGUGCCAUUGACAAUUGUCGUGUAAUCGUGAUUUCAUUAUUUCUAAUGCCCCAUUCAGGGUGAGAGGUCAAUUUCAUAAUAAUAACAAUAAUAAUAAUAUAAUAAUAUUAAUAAUAAUAAAAAUAAUAAUCGUCAUGAUGAUGGGAAUGAUGAUGAUAGUUAUGAUUUUGCUGAUUUGAAUGCUCCUGUGACUGUGAGACUAAUCUAUCAACUAUAAUAUGAUUGUGCACCAAAAAUUGUUAAUGUCAAUCUAGUGAUAAUGAACUUUUCUAUGCAAAUGCUUACUUUCAUCUGAAAUCAAUUGAACCGUCUGAGAAAAAAUUGUGUUGGGAGAAAGAUACGAUUUUAAAUUAACUGUUGAUAGAGUUAUUGUUAAAAAAAAAAUAGAAUAAUUUUACCUGCGGUGAAUGACAACUUGUUUAAUCUAUUUGAGAGACUUUCAAGUGAGAACAUCACGAGACACCAUCACCUCCUUUGAGACGCGUCUCAUUGUCUUGUGUGGAUGUACACAAACAAGUCCAGGCAAGUGGUGGCGGGUGUGCUGGUGAGCAGGUACUUGCAGUAGGCCCAAUCGGUGCCGAUUCAGCACGAGUUGUAAAGUUGAUAUACAGGAGAAGGAACGAAGAACCCUACACCAACGAGUACUCCAUAUUUUCCUCCUCCCACGAAGGGGAUAAAAAAAAAAAUUGGAGCAAACGUGUGAGUGAGUGGAUGAGUGGGUGGAUGAAUGAGGGCAAGGAGGACAUAAUAGUGCCCACUCCUGUUUUUUGAGCAUAUUUGGAUCUCAACUAAAUGGAAUUUCUCUUUGAGGUAAUUCUCAGCACACUACACUGCAGACAAAAAACGAAUUCGGUGAAUAGGAAAUAAAGAAGAGCCUUUGCAACAGAAUAAAAAAAAAGAGAGGAAGGAAAAAAGAACAACAAGCAAGAGGAAAAAACAAUAGUUGCUCCGAGUAUUUUUCGCAUGGAAUCCGAUUGAACACUGCAUGUUCUCACAGACCAAACGAAAUUACUUGGCAAGUGUACGAGGAAUUUAGUAAAGUGUGAUGAAUGAUAAUAUUGAAAUUUUUUUAUAGAAAAAAAACAUUGAGUUUAAAUAUAGGGCAGAGUCAGCAGUACAAGAAUUCUUUCUUCUUGUGGAAACACAUGAUAACCGAUGCCAACGCCGGUGUAUAGGGUACAGUGCGAACAACCAGUUUCCUCUAGUCGAGAAGCUACAACAUCGCCUACCUCCUCUGUGUGUAUAUGUGUAAAAUGCUGAGCCAAUGUGCACGUGUUCAGCUCCCGCAAGAGAUUUACGUAUAGACCUGGAAUAUUCAGAAUCAUUCAUCCCCUGUAUCCCGCAGUAGAAUUUAUCCAGCGGUCAGUGCUCUCUCACCUAGGAAAUAUAAUUGAGUGGUGGCACUUUCCUCCUUCGACAUACAUUUUAUUUUGUUUUUUUAAUCCAUUAUUUUACUAUCUAGUCUGAUUUAGUACAAAAAGUGACUAUUUUUCGUUGUGUUAUCUGCUUGCUUUUGAAUAAAUUUUAUUUUCAGUUCAUAUUUUGAAUAUUCGCUGUUAUCUUUUGUUUUCAUUCUGCCUAUGCCACUCACUACCUCCUAGUCAUAUUUGUUGUGGUCCUACAGUGAAUCGCAUCGGACGAGCCUUUAUAACUGAGUUGAAUUCCUUUAUUUCGCCUAUUUUUAUGGAUUUUCAUUAGUUUAUUUUAUCGGAGUUCAAAGGGCUCUUUUCAUGGUAAAAUUAAUCUCAAGAACUGUCGUUGUGUGAAAAAAAACAAUAGUGAAGGCUUGAUUAUCUCGCCGGAUAUCCGACGGGAGGCUGUGAAUUCACGUGUGAUUGUUGCAUUGUUUUGAGUGACUAAACCACAAACGGGAAUACAUACAAAUUUCACUCAGCAAUUUAAAGGAUAGUGAUUCAGUGCUGUUUAUUUCAUCAGUUAUACUAAAAAGUGGCUGAUUUAAGAGGUAUCUUCGCACAAGUUAAGUGUCAUCAAACGGCCUCAUGAUUCAGCCCGACGUCAUGCCCUGGUUCAUCCUAUUUCUCCUCCUGCUAGCUGUGAUGGAGGCUUUCCCUAGGGAGGCCACCUGUUCCCGUUUGCCGGACAUCUACUGGAACUCCACCAAUCCAAUAUUUCGAAUAGACAAUACUGAUCACAUCAUAGAUGUUAACAAAAAUAAUGCGGCCUUUGAAUAUGACCAGGUCAAUAUCAUAUGUCCUGUCUACUUGCCAGGAACUUACGACGAUGAGGCUGAAAAGUACAUAAUUUAUAACGUAUCGAAAGAGGAGUACGAGACUUGUCGGAUAACAAAUCCAACUCCGCGUAUAAUAGCAGUAUGUGAUAAGCCCUUCAAGACAAUGUAUUUUACGAUAACAUUUAGGCCAUUCACGCCACAACCGGGUGGAUUAGAAUUCCUACCUGGUCAUGAUUACUACUUCAUCAGCACCUCAUCCAAGGACGAUUUACACAGGCGCAUUGGUGGUCGUUGCACAACUCACAACAUGAAGGUCGUAUUCAAGGUGUGCUGUGCAAAUGACACCAAUGGAUCACAAACUUCAACAUCUCGUAACUACUUUCCAUCAGUUGGUACGAACAGUGGCAGUAGUACCGUAUCAAGCUCAACGAGUAUUGGUAUUUCGGGUGUUAAUGGCGUUGGUAUGCCACCAUCACCACCUCCAAGUGUCUUCAAAGGUGGGGAUCGAUUCUACCCGGGAGGCAACAUCUAUCAUCAUCAACCUGGUACAGCGCCCACUCUACCCCAUGCGCCCCCACCAAACUAUCCGUCACAUCCCCAUCAGCCGCCGAUUCACAAUGGACAACCGUCCUCGUCACCGCCCAAGACCUCGAUCACCCAGAAGAAGAAGAACAAGGAAUACUCGGACCACCCGAACGAAGUUGUCAAGAACGAGGAAUUAACGUACAACGGUGCAAACUCGUUGCAUUUACGGCAUCAAACCUUGAGACUUGUUCUCGUAUCAGCGAGUUCACUUCUGGUCAGCAUGUUUCUGCCUCAUUUACUACGGUGAACCGACUGUUAUCAGUGGAAAUUUACCAAUUGAAAAUGAGAGGAAAAAAAAAACAAAACCCCCUUCUUCUGUGAUUAUCCUACGUUUAAUUAUUCAUUUAAAGCAAUACAGCCAUCACAAUGAAUUCUGAUGGACUAGAAUGACAAAUUAAAUACUAUUAAAUGAAUUAAUUAUGAGGAGAAAAAGUAAUACAUGAUAAUGUAUUCGGCCGUAGAGGUAAAGAAAAGUAAACACGAUCAAGCCAUAUUAAUAUUAAAAGAAUAUUACGUCUAGGCACUUGGUAGUUACGGCCACUAUUAUCACUACUAUUGCAUAGUGAGAGAAUUACAAGUAUGAUGAAUGAGAAGGUAGUUAUAUUGAUUGUCCUUAUCAUGAAGAAAUAACGAAUAGAUAUUUAUUCUAAAAUACAUACGUCGACGUGUACUACUUGAUACGGGCUAUCCAUGUGUCCACGUCGAAAAACUUUUUCAAUUUUACCAAUUCCGAAUUUCAAAUGUUGAUGAAAUACCAAACUCACACGUACAUUGGGCUAUGGAAAUGAGAAGACAAUCGAUUUAGGAAUGAUCUCGUCAAUAGUUUCUAUCAAAUACUUUGUAAAUAUCAUUUCAAAUUAUUCCAACAAUUAUUAUGUAGACAAUGAUGUUGGAUUAGGUAUGGUGGAUGAGAAUAGAGAUUGGGGACGCAGUAAUACUGAGCGAGAAUAAUUUCUACGAAUAUAAUUUGAUUGAUUUCUUGUUUCAAUGGCCCUUACAAAAACAUUGAGGUGUUGUACUGCAUUACGGUGAGUGAACGUAUUUCGUACUCUAAUUUCUCGUAAUGAAAUUAUGUAACUCGUGUAAAUAGUUGCCUAAACAAAUGUACUAUAAAAAGCGAACGAAACGUGACUCACAGUUUGACGAGGAUCAAUGAGAGAGAAACAACUAGCUGCAUCAUUAGAAUUUUAGAUUCGUUUUGAUGCACAUGCAAUAGAAUGAAUAGAAUUAUCGGCGUGAGUCACCACUGAUCAGCGUAAAUUAAAUGAAAAUAACGAGAUUUAAAUGAAAUCAAGUCCAUUGACAAACGAAAAAGUGAAACAAAUUGUAAUAUAAUUGUAUUAUACUGCGAAUUUAUCCAUAGGCCUGUAUUAUAUUUAUUAUCAUCGAUAUCUAUUAUAUUAUUAUCGCAAAAACAGAAUGUCUAAUUCGAUAUUCCAUAUAUAAAUAUAUUAUUACUAGGUAAAUAUCAAAUUGAAAAAUUAAAUAAUUGAGAUUUUUGUCUCUCUCACUUCUGCUCGCCCGCAUCAUUAUUACGAAUUAUAAUCAUAACAGUUAUUAUUUUUUUGGUAUUAGCAGUCAAGAGGAAGGCAUUCACAAUUAUCAAUUGUUUUACUAUUCAAAGUUUUUCUCAUAAUUGUAGUCAUUAAACAUAGAUUCAUUGCGUACAUCUAAUAUUUUUUUUUCAAUGUCAGUAAAAAUCAGUGGAAUAAUAUUCUGUUAACGAGAAUGCCCUUACCUCAAACACAAUAUACACAACUUCAACUAGAAUAAUAAAAUUGCCGUUUGCCAUACGGAAACUGAUGAGAGACGAAACAUUAAUGUCGUGUGAUGACAGAUACAAAAAUGACUGUAAAUAUUGUAUGUUAUGUUAAAAGAAAAUCCCCGAGCCUGAUUUUCCGAGGAAAACAUUCGACGCGCACUGAGCUGCUACUGUAUUCACUGACUCAAUUAUUUUGUAAAUUACGCCUAAUUUUGUUAAUUUUUUUUUCAAAUUAUUCAUUCACUUACACAAAUGACAGAACAAGGAACAGAUAGGAUGGAGUUACGAGGACAAAGAAUAACGAGACAUUAUGAUUAAUCGAGGAACAUCAGUCAUCUGUGGAUGGCCAGAAUGAGAUGCACAUAUUCAAUAAGCCGAUAAGGCUCAACACUCACCCAGAAGAACCGCAAAAUUGAUAAUCAAGUGUUAACAAUAGUUUCAUGACUCUAAUCUCCGCUCUUGCACCCCGUGAUUCGGACGGUGCUUCUAUUCACAUGACUUAAUCCAUUGUGUACCAGUAAACAGCGUGUUAUUAUCACAUUUCACUUUAUAGUUUUUUGAGUAACUCACCGGUUAAUACAGAGGCCCAUGGUGUCUGUGGAAUCACCCAACGCACGCGAUACCGUCAUCUUGAACUCCCCCGCACAAUACCUUGAAGCGUUGGCUGCUUGCCCCACUCACCUGUUCACCCAUCAGAACUGAUGUUUCUCCUUAAUAUGAAAUAAAGAACGCGUGUGUAGCGUUUAUCCACUACAGUAUUGUAAGCCUAAGUAUUACACGGCCUACAUGAAGGCAACGUGUGCCUAUCCGUUCAGCAUGUCCACAAUUUUUCAACGCCUGUAUUUUCUUUGUAUGAUUGUGCAUCAUUUUAAAAUCCUGUAUUUAUUUGUAUAUCUUAUCGAUCCGUUUGUGUCCAUAUACUUAGCCCCUUGAAGACUGACAACGCCUCAAAUAACUGAUAGAUUAUAUGGCAGUUGAUAUGAUCAUGUUUUGUUUUUUUUUUUGUUUAUUAAGAACCGACUAAAUUGUGUUCACAACGGAUAGAUUUGAUGUUACUCGAGAAAUUAAGAGAAUGAUUAUUGAACGCGUGAUAGCAGCAAUGAUGACGUAGAUGAUUGACGUGAAUGACUAUUGAUUCACGAGAAUGCUAGAUCAAUACAGUAUAACAGUAAUUUAGGCUCGAAGUAUAGAUAGAAAAUAGACAAAAUGACAACAAUGCGAAUUCACUCUUUUUUUUUCAUUUUGCAAUUUUGUGUUCACCCUGUCCAUUCAAUCCUCCAUUCCACAACGUAUUUCACUAUAGGGCAUCCUGGAUUUCCAUGCAUCGCUCAAACCUUUCAUGAUUUUUCAAUUAUUGUUUCUGGUUUUUCGUUUUCAUUUUUUCCCAUUUGACGAAGAUCCAUUCUCAACGCAAUGAAAAGAGUCACGUUAACUAGGGGGUAAAAUAAAUUUAAAAAAUAUUUGAAUUACGUAAACAGGGGAAAAGCUGUAGUUAUUGAAACACACGUCUUUGUAAAUAAAAAAAUAAACGAAUCAGUAAUUAAUCAGAGACUAAGAGACGAUUAAGAAAGGGAAAGAUGUAUAUUAAGACUCAUAGCAAGUAUCAAAUAGGUUUAUAAUAAUGGUUUAUAUAAAAGUGGAUGUACGUUGAUGUCUAAGAUUUUUAACACAAUGAAGAGAAAACCACAAAGUGAUUAUUAUAAUCGGUUGUAUUUUUUUGAAAUUCACAAUGAUAAGAACACGUAACAGGGACAUAAUUUAUCGAGAUUCAUGUGGAUAAUGGAAAAUUUCUCGUCACUAAACUGAUGUUUCAUUUGGCCGCAGAAAUUGAUAGAGUGAAUUAACAAUUCUAGUCAACCAUAAAACGAAUGAAUUUUCAACACAACACGAUUUUGUCAAUUUUUUUCGCUAUCGAUCCAGCAGAAAAAUUUGGAGAAAAAAAUUGCGAAUACUUUUUGCACUCUUUUAUUCAUUUACCGUUCAUUCAUACUAUUUACCCCGAUAUAAACGGUAUACUAAUAAGACGUCGGCAUAUCGGCUUACAGGUUUAUUCAUACAAUGCAUACAAAGUAAAGUAGAAUUCAUAAACAGUAGACCAUUUGUAGCGCAAUAGUAAAUUAAAAAAAAAAAAAAAAAAAAAUAAUCAUGAAACUUCACAGAAGCAAAAACCGAUACUAUAAAGAAUAGCAACGUCUUGUACUUACACUGGAAUACACUGAAUUUAACACAUACUGCACUGAUAUAUCGACGCGUCACAACAGCAGAAUAGAAAAUCACAAGGGAGGAUAUGAAAACGAAGAAAAAUUUAUUCACUUCAGACAAAUCGUCUUCUAGAAUUUGUCGUAUAUUAAUACUGCAUAAUACGCAAUAGCGUACAUCAAUAGUCAAGAAAGUAAUGAAAAAAAAAAUGAACACAUUUAAAAAGUUAUGGGAAGCCAUUCGUCAGAUGAAAAUUGAAUCAACUUGAAAACUGGCUCGUGGUCGUUGAGCCUGAAAGUAAGUGAAAAAAAACUCGAAAUAUAUUAUUAGUACAAAGAGAUACUUUAUGGCACGAAGUGUAGGUAUGAUUUUUUUCUCCUAUUCACUACUGAUGCUUUGUAGAUUCGCCACAACUCUUCGUUUUUUUUCUCAGUUUGGAAAGGGAAUUUAGAGGAAAUAAAUUUUUUAACGGUCAAUACAAACGUCAUUUUCUAAGGUAAAUCACAAUAAAAAUGAAAAAAAAUAAAAUAAAAUGAUAUUAGUCCAUAUACAAUGUACAUGUACAUACGAUUGAUAUAUGUACAUAAUUAUAGAGUUGAAAGUGCCAUAGAAAUUAACGAACAUGAAUUUUUGGAAUACUACUAAUGAGAAAAAAUAAUAAUUAGCAAUUAAAAUACAAGUGGGAAAAUAUUCAUUACGAGUUUUUGUAUCAUUAUUCGUGCUCAAAGGGGAAAUUUUCAAUAUUUUUCCAGUAAGCAUUGACGCAUAAAGAAACGCUUAAAUUUGACUGACAAUUCAUUAUCACCCCAAUAUCAACGAAUUUUUGAUGUGUAAAAAUUAAUUGACCUGUUAUAAUUGUUAUACGACAAAGCAAAUACGUCCUUUUUCGGGUUUUUUUAUUCUGCAUUUGUUGGAAAGGGGAAAUAUCUAAUCGGGGCGAUGUAACAACUUUUUUGUAACGUUCAACGUCAUUCAGCAAUGUCAAUAGUUUAUUUGUCAAAUUGCUUAGUGAGUAAAAAAAAAUUAUUUAAAAUAAAUCAGCUCCGUGAAUGAAAGGGAGACGCAUUACGUUCGCGAUUUUUCUUUUCCUUAAUUAGCGUAUAUACUUGGAAAGCACAAUCACAGCUAGAAAGGGAUGAAAAUUAAAGAAACGAAAUUCAAUGAAAUAGAAAAACGAAAAUCACGGAGGGCCUGCACACUAAUCGUCUUAAUUACGUAACAACAACAAAGCAUGAAGAAAAAAAAGAAAGAAAAAUAAAAUACUCAUGAUUGUACUGAUUGUUGAACGUGGCUAAAAAAUAGUAAUUAAAAUAGGUCGUUUAAGAGAGUAUGUAUACAGUGCGAGCCCCUAUAAGCCGCCAAUAAAACGAAAAACGCGCGUGCUUACUGACAAUGGCCUACAAAAAGAAUCGAAAAAAAAAUCACGAAAAACGAAAGAAAAUUAAUAUUUGAAAAUUAAAAAAAAAACUAUCGCUUAUUAAGCACACGCGUUUUCACUGACGAUAAUUAUUGUUAUACAAGAGAAAAAAAAAUCGAAACGGUGUGGUAUACAAGACUAAGAACGAGACCUAAAAGUGGGACAUAAUAUUUUAUAACUCAACUUUUGUACAGAAUAAAUAAAUACUUGUACUGUGGACCAAUA